GCAGCGCUAGACGCCGCACCAGCCCUGGCCCCGGCUUCACCGUCUGCUGCGAUGUGUCUCCUCGUGGGCUCCCCUUCCCCACCCACAUCGCCAUUGGCCCCGUUGCCACCACCACACUGCGCCGUGCCCUGCAACCCGCCUCCAGCGAUGCCAUGCUCACGACCAAGCCGCCGAGGGCUGCCGCAGCGGCCACGGCCCAGACCCCGGCUGCGACGCCUCCCUGCACCGCACGAUGCGGCAAGACGAGUCACUUGCACCCUCCACACGGCACGGCAACGCAGCACCGCCACCGGUCGCCACCCCGUCGGAGCGCCGAGCCACCUGCGUCCUCCGAGGGGCGCGCGGUGUGCCGCCGCAGCACCGCACCGGAGCACCAACCUGGCUGCGCCUUCAGUCCACCCGCGGCCCACGCCGAAACGCCGACCCAGUUGCGCCUCCAGCCCGCCAGCACCCUCCGCCACUGCGACGUCGCUCACCAACAGUGAACACCAUGGAACAAAGAUGCAGAUACACACAUAUAUACACCUGACAAGGAGUCCGAUAUGUUCAAAGCAGCAAAAAAGAAGCACACAAGGAUGAAUGACUGCAAAAUGUUCAAGUGCCUUUGCGAGAUCAAAGUGUGUUUUUGUCAACUGAACUUUUAUGGAUUUCGUCAUUUGAGAUUCAGUCAAAAUUUGUGGAUUCCAUCUCCUAUUUUUUUUUUGAGAAUGUAUAUACAUGAAUCGACUACGAUGUUUCGUUCAUACAUGAUCUUUGUUCUACUAUGUCAGCCUCAACCCUUCACCUCACAACCAUAUAUGUGUAUAUGUAUCUAGCUAGCGGCUUCAAAAAUGCAUGUGGCCAUAGUACAGGGUGUUCAGGAAGCAAUCUAAAUGUUUCUCA